UCAUUUCCAAUGUGCGCCCUACUCUGUCGGGGCUUCUCGCCACCUCCCCUGUUUGGCACUUUGUGCCACGGUUGUGAAGAUGAAGGCAUUUGGUUUGGGAAUCUCUGGGACGUGCGGAUUGUAGCAAUUUAGAACUUUUGCCUGAGUUAGUGGGGACGAGACUCAGCUCUUCCAAAUUCGAAACAACGGUUCUCAACUGGAAAACCAGUAGAAUACUGUCUGCGCACCAGAGAUGAGUCCCUGCCUGAGGUGGAGAAGUUAAUGAACUGUAUAUCAGAAUCUGUUUAAUAAAUUAUUGUAAGUUGAUACGUUGGAGAGAGAGUUGGACAGAUGGACUAGAGCCGUCAGAGGCCUUGGAGAUUGGCCGAGGAACUUGACAAUCUCAGUUGGAGUUGCUGCUCCCCCCUAACGUGCGUUUUUCUCAACUCCAGAAACACAGUUGAUAUUAGAGUCAUAAAAAAGUUGGGUUGUUAAGGGUGUGAUAAUACCUCUGCUCUGGUGGCUGCUGCCCUCUGUUGGUGUUUGUAAGUUCGCUUCCGCUCCGAGACGUUAGGGGGCGCUGCCUAGUAAUCAAGCGGGGCUCUUUUGGAGGAAGCAACAAGUUUACGCUGGAGACGCUGAGAACGUCGAAGGACCGAAGCGGAAGAGGGACGAAAACUACGCCAAAAUGGGUUUCGUCAAAGUGGUGAAGAACAAGGCCUACUUUAAGAGAUACGAGGUGAAAUUCAGAAGGAGACGAGAGGGAAAGACGGACUACUUUGCCCGCAAGCGGCUGGUCGUCCAGGACAAGAACAAGUACAACACUCCCAAGUACCGAAUGAUCGUGAGGUUCUCCAACAGGGAUAUCUGCUGCCAGAUUGCCUAUGCGAAGAUCGAAGGGGACCAGAUUGUGUGUGCUGCCUACUCUCACGAUCUGCCAAAGUACGGCAUAACCGUGGGCCUCACCAACUACGCAGCGGCCUACUGCACCGGGCUUCUGCUGGCCCGACGGCUGCUGCACAAGUUUGGCAUGGACCAGGUGUACGAGGGCCAGGUGGAGGUGACGGGAGACGAGUUCAACGUGGAAAGCGAGGACGGGCAGCCGGGCGCCUUCACUUGCUACCUGGACGCCGGUCUGGCCAGAACCACCACGGGGAACAAGGUGUUCGGAGCCCUGAAAGGGGCUGUCGAUGGAGGAUUGGCCAUCCCACACAGCCUCAAGCGCUUUCCCGGUUACGAUGCCGAGAGCAAAGAGUUCGACGCAGAGGUACAUCGGAAACACAUCAUGGGCAUGAACGUGGCCGACUACAUGUCUUACUUGAUGGAGGAAGACGAGGACGCCUACAAGAAACAAUUCUCACGCUUCAUCAAGAACGGAGUCACACCAGACACGGUAGAAGAAAUGUAUAAAAAAGCACACGCUGCCAUCAGAGCGAACCCCGUACAUGAAAAGAAGCCAAAAAAAGACGUCAAGAAGAAGAGGUGGAAUCGCGCCAAGUUAUCUCUGGCACAGAGGAAGGACCGUGUCGCCCAGAAAAAGGCCAGCUUCUUACGGGCACAAGAACAAGAAGCAGGAGACGGUUAGGAGCUCAGUGAGGCACUCUGCUGCCAAAAUACACAGACAAAUAAAUUUAUUACAAACUCAA